GGCAUGCGGUACAUCAGCACGCGCGGUUCGUCGCCAGCCGUGUCGUUUGAGCAGGCUUUGUUGAAUGGCUAUGCCCCGGACGGAGGCCUGUACGUGCCGGAGCACCUGCCGACCGUCACUCAAGAUGACCUCAGGCGAUGGCAGCCACUCUCAUUCCCAGAUCUUGCUCUGGAGAUCUGCAGCCUCUUCAUCCCGAGCGGCGUGAUCAGCAGGCAGGAGCUACGUCAGCUGCUGGGCAAGAGCUUCGCUGCAUUCGCGUCGCCCGAUAAGGUGGUGAACUUGUUGCACCUGCCUGGCAAAGAUGACGGCAGGAGGGAGCAGCCGCAUGUGUUCAUCGCAGAGCUGUUCCACGGACCCACUCUCGCAUUCAAAGAUGUACGUGUGCACAGCUUAAGACGAUUAAUGGCAUGCACGACGGCCGAGUGUGUGGGUGUGCAGAUUGCCAUGCGGUUUGUGGUGUUUCUGUUGGAUUUCUUUCUCAGUCGGCGAGAGGGCGGGUCGUCACCCUCAUCGCCACCGAGGCUGCACGUGGUGGUCGCCACAACGGGCGACACUGGUACGGACGGCAUUCCAGAUGCAUCUCGUGCAUCAUCACAUGGAUGUGUGUGUGCGGUUGACAGGACCCGCAGCGGCGAGUGCGAUAGAGGAGUGCCGCCAUCUCGACUGUUGGUGCUUCUUCCCAUACGGCAGCAUUUCCAAACCACAGGAGCGACAAAUGACCACCCUCGGUGAGCUGAGUGCGACUAAUCACUCCGAGGCUGCAGCCAUGUGUGUGGCCUUUUGUGUGUGCGUUCGUCAGUGGGCGGCAACGUGCAUGCCGUUGGUGUGCGUGAUUGUCCGUUGGGCGGCGAUUCGCUCGACGAGGUGGUCAUCGAGCUGUUUGAGGACCGGGGGUUCAUGCAGAAGGUGCCGCUGACCAGCGUCAAUAGCAUCAACUGGGGACGGGUCAUGGUAGGUACGCACACAUUUCAAGUACACACACACGCAUGACACAGAGUCUGUGCAGGUGCAGAUUGUGCACUACUUCUGGUGUUACUUGCGGCUGUGCGACCACAUUGCGGGCUACUCGGGCCUCAUCGAGAUCGGGCAGGAGGUCGUGUUCAGCGUGCCAACCGGCGGAGUUGGCAACAUGUGUGCGGGCUACAUUGCCAGGUGCAUGCGGCUGCCGAUCCACCGCAUCGUCUGCGCCAACAACGCCAAUCACGCCGUCACGCGGGCACUGAAUGAUGGGUGCUUCUCCCGAAAGGCAAUGGUGGCCACCCACUCGUCCGCCAUCGACAUCGUUGUGCCAUACAACUUCUGGCGGUGAGCCUCGACUACGUCGACACGUGUCCGUGAUGCAUCGUGUGUCUGUGUGUGUGUGUGUGUGUGUGUGUAGGGUGUUGUAUCUGGCCAGUGGGUGCUCCGCGCAGCACAUCCAGCAGUGGACGCGCCAGUUCUACGAGAGCGACCAGGGCGCACAGAUCGACAGCGACACGCUCACGAGGCUCAGAGAGGGUGAGUGAGGUGGGCGAGGGCAGCUGACGCAUCACGUCUGUGUGUGUUGAUUGCAUCCUGCCUUUGGCCGCCUGUGCGUCUGCAGCUCUAAUCGGCUGUGUGGUGUCUGACCAGGACACCCUCCUCACCAUCAAUGAGUGCUUUGUCAAGUGAGGGAGGGCCUGAGCUCACACCAAAUUGUGCCCACCUCUCUCCCAUGUCUCUGUCUGUCUGUCUGUCUGUCUGUCUGUCAGCAACGGCUAUGUGCUCGACCCACACACAGCAGUGGCGCUGUCAGCCUAUCGGUCGCUGCAGCCCUCCCUGCCUCCCUCUCUGCCGUGCGUCGUCCUUGCCACCGCACACCCCGCCAAGUUCCCAUCAGUCGUCCAGCGAGCCCUGCGCAUCGACGACUACUCGGCCCUGCCCGCCAAGGCCCACCACCCGGCCAUCGAGCGCAUCUUCUUGCGGCUGCCGCGGCUGCGGCUGUGCAGUUUCGAUGACUUCCGUGCGUACAUACGGGCCGAGAUGGAGGCGGUGGAUGGGUAUCGGGUUCGGGUGCGGCAGUCGAAGGACGACAAGGUGCAGGGGGGCGGCUUCUGACCGAUUGAUAGCAUUUCUGUGUCGCGGCGUGUGCGUGAGGCGGCUGCCUGCGUGGUGUCUGUCACUUUGUCUGUGUGAUGUGGGGAUGUGUGGUGCUUGGAAGCCGGGAGGUUUUGUACGUAUGGAUUCGGGAGAUUCGACCUGCGCGUUAGGGCGGUCGUAAAACGGG